UGCACUUGACACACUUGACAUAUUACCGUUAACUAUUUGCAGGUGUCUCAGUUAGUAUCAUAGGGAUGAUCCUACUAUCAGUUUCAGCGAUCUAUUACCUCAGAAGUCGACGGUCGAAUUGUAAGCCACUGAUUUGCUGGAAGAGCGAAUCAGAAGAUCAUAAAAUUGAAGAAUUCAUGAGAAGCUACGGAUCUCAUGCUCCAAAGUUGUACAACUAUUUGGAUUUAAAGAAAAUAACAAAUUCAUUCAGCCACAAAAUAGGACAGGGAGGCUUUGGUCAAGUAUACAAAGGAGAGCUACCCGAUGGUCGAGCGGUAGCUGUAAAGGUGCUGACAGAAACUAAUGGUGACGGAGAAGAAUACAUAAAUGAAGUUGCCAGUAUAAGUAGAACUUCCCAUGUUAACAUAGUAGGGCUUUUGGGAUUUUGUUACCAAAGGAAUAAGAGAGCCUUAAUCUAUGAAUAUGUGUCCAAUGGUUCAUUGGAUAAAUUCCUCAACAAUGGACCAUCUGGCACAACUUGUCCCUUGGAAUGGACAACAUUGUACAGGAUUGCAGUUGGCAUUGCUCGAGGUUUGGAAUAUUUACAUCGAGGUUGUAACACAAGAAUAGUGCACUUUGACAUAAAACCUCAUAACAUUCUUUUGGACCAGGAUUUCUGCCCUAAAAUAUCUGAUUUUGGCCUUUCUAAAUUGUGUGAGAGAAAGGAGAGUAUCCUAUCAAUGUUGGGUGCCAGGGGAACGGUUGGAUAUAUUGCUCCAGAAGUGUGCUCUAGAGCGUUUGGAAAUGUCUCUCAUAAAUCAGAUGUUUAUAGCUACGGAAUGCUGGUUCUUGAGAUGGUUGGAGUGAGAAACAAUGUUAAAGUGAGCCAAACUAGUGAAGUAUACUUUCCAGAUUGGAUCUACGAACAUCUCGAUCUGGGGAAGGACCUAGGUCUAGAAGGUAUUAUGAACGGAGCAGAUGAAGAAAUGGCAAGGAAGAUGAUGUUAGUUGGCUUGUGGUGCAUUCAGAUUAAGCCGUCAGAUCGACCAGCAAUUGAGAAGGCAGCAGAAAUGCUGGAGGGAAGCCUUCACUCCCUACAAAUUCCACCACAACCUGUCUUAUUUUCUUCAACAAAUUCCAUCCCAGAGUCGUUUGCCUCCACAUCCACAUCCACAACAGCCUAUGGAAAGGAGGCUUCAGUUCUGGAGCCAAAUAUCCCUUUCGAGUAA